ACUCAAUAUAAGACCAUGGGCUACAUUGGGCUUCCUCAUGCCUUAGAGACCAACAGAGAGCUCCAAAGUCAUCUGAGUAUACUGCCACCAUGGAAUGAACAAGAUCGGUCAGCAACAAUCCAGGUGAGGAGAAACCUGCUCACCAUGGAGCUGAAGGGAUCAGUCAAGUCCCAGCGAGAUGGACCAGCACCUCGGCGAAGUCUGGGUUCCAGCUCUGGUCUCCAAUAUGGCUCAUUCGUCAACAGUCUUUCUUCACUUACACCCAAACUGGACGAGAGACCCGCGAUAUCACGUCGACGAGCCCACAUCGCAGUGGCUGUGCUCUGCUAUGUCAACUUACUCAACUACAUGGAGCGAUACACAAUUGCAGGUGUACUUCUCAACAUACAGACAUUUUUUGAUAUAAAAGACAGUACAGCUGGACUUCUGCAGACAGUUUUUAUCUGCAGCUUCCUGCUGACGGCCCCUCUCUUCGGUUACCUCGGCGACCGCUACAACCGAGUCCACAUCAUGGCUGUCGGUUUGACCGUGUGGCUGGUGACGGCGACCGGCAGCUCUUUUGUUACCGAGUCGCACUUUUGGCUUCUGGUGCUGUUACGAGGCAUGGUCGGGAUAGGCGAGGCUAGUUACUCCACUAUCGCUCCUACAAUUAUUGGGGACCUUUUCACUGGAGGACAACGGACCAUCAUGAUUGCUGCUUUCUACAUCUUCAUCCCUGUUGGGAGUGGCCUUGGCUAUAUAACCGGAUCAUCAAUAGCGAGCCUGACUGGUGACUGGCACUGGUCUCUCAGGCUCACUCCCAUUUUCGGUCUUGUGGGGCUCAUUUUAGUGGUGCUCUUAUGCCCGGAUCCACCUAGGGGGGUUGCAGAAAACAAUCAUCAGAGCUCUUACUUGGAGGAUGUCAAGUAUCUUCUGAAAAAUAAAAGUUACAUCUGGUCAUCUCUGGGAGUGACUGCGAUGGCCUUCCUUACUGGAGCUUUGGCUUUCUGGAUGCCCACCUUUCUGUUUAGGGCUCAGGUGUCUCAGGGCCUUCUCGCACCAUGCACUCAAGGAUCCUGCAACGCCAUCAACAGUCUUAUCUUUGGCGCCAUUACAGUGGUCUCGGGUAUUCUCGGAGUGUUUAUCGGCACGGGUUUAGCCAGAUGGUUGCGGGACAAAGUUCCCAAUGCAGAUCCACUCAUCUGUGCUGGUGGCAUGCUCGGAUCCGUCCCGUGUCUCUUCAUCAGCAUCUUCGUGGCUACAGCAAGCAUUCCAGCCACUUAUGUGUUCAUUUUCAUAGCUGAGGUCUUAUUAUCGCUCAACUGGCCUCUUCUGGCUGAUAUGCUACUUUAUGUAGUUGUACCCACCAGAAGAGGCACAGCUGAAGCUCUCCAGAUUACAGUCUGCCACCUUCUAGGAGAUGCCGGGAGUCCUUAUCUCAUCGGAAUAAUCUCCGACGCGAUACAGAAAAGCAAGCCUCCGUCCACUGACUGGAGCUUCCCGAGUCUUCAGUACAGCUUCUUGAUUUGCCCUUUUGUUGGCAUCGUCGGAGGGAUUUUCUUCCUCAUGACUGCGCUUUACAUCAAUGAUGACAGAAUGACAGCUCAACAGCUGGUUGAAGGAGUAGAGACUUCCCUGCAAGUUCCUUCACCAGAGCCCACCGUGGAGAUGAACAAUACCCAGAAUAUCUAACGUGGGACAAUGCAAUCCUGUCAAUUUAAUCAAAAGCUAUUGGUCUGAUGGAUUUGGAAAAUGACAAGAGGAGUUUUAUUUUUUUUCCAAAGGGCUGCAGAAACAAGAAAGAUGUGCUUGCAUCAUCAUUUUACCCAUUCUGUGUCACAUUGCAAAACAGUAAGACUGCAUAUCAUUGAUACAGAACAUGUUUUUAAAUAUUCUGCAUUUUCAAUAAAUUGAGCAAAAA